AUGAAUUCCUAAAUCCCUAUAACACAAAAAUAUACUUCAGUUGAGGAUUAUAUUGAACAUAGUUUUAAUACAUUUAAGUUAAAGAAUCCUAAACUAACAAAAAGAUAAAUACAUAUAUAAUUACAAGAUAAUUGGAAAAAAGAAUAACAAAAAUAUCUAUCAAUACAUACUAAGAAAGAGUAAAAUAGUAUAAAGAAACUUGAUGAAGAUGAUGAAAUUUAUAUACCUAUUGAGGCUCUAAAUAAUGAAACCCAAGUUUAUAUAUACAUAUGAUUUUAGAUUAAAACAAAUAAAAAGAAGAAUUAAAAUAAAAAAAGCACAAAUAAAAACAUAAAAUAAUAAUAAAAUUUGUCUAAAUCAUUUAUUAACAAAAAUAAUACAGAUUCAUCUUAAUAUUCAUUUGAUAUAAAUUUAUUAGAACAACGAGUAUCUAAGAUUUAAAUUGAUGAAAUAAAUUUAUCAAAAACAAAACCUUCAAAAAAUAUAUGUAGGUAACAAAUUAAUCAAACAAAUGAAUCAAUUAAUAACAAUUAAAAUAAAAAGAACAACAAAAAAUAAAAAAAAGUGACUUAUAAAUAAUCAGAAAAAAUAUCAUAAACAAUAGAUUGUGAGAAUGUUUCAAAUGAAAAACCUAUUCCAAUUUAAGAUUUUAUAAAUUCUGCAAAUUUUAUUGAUUAUAUCAGUAUUAUUAAACUAUCGUAAAAGAAAACAAAUCAAGGAUAGAUUGAGAUAGAUAAAAUUGAAACUAUAGUUUCUCAUACUUAUGGACUAGUUAAUCAUUAUAAAGACACAUCAAACUUAAAUCUAUAAUUAUUUUUUCAAGUAAAAUUUCAUCCAAGAUCAGAUGGAACAUAACCUGAUAAUACAUUUUGUACUGCAAAAUAAGCAGCAUUUUAUAAUAAAGAUUUGGUUUUGGAUUAUUUGAAUAAAAAUAAAAAUAUUUUUACUUAAGAUUGUGAGUAUUAUAUUAAUUGA